UUUUAACUUUCCCUCCAAACGCAACACCUAAUAACAGCCACCGUUCUCUCUCUCAGUCUCUCUCCCCUCCCCAACUGGAUAUAUAUUUUCCCUCGAAGCCAAACCUCUGUUGUAGUCUCCCCUGUCUAUUUAGUGUUUCCCAACCCUUUUGAACAGAAACCAAAAAUCCUGCAGAAAUACAUGUUAAUUAUAUCAAGAAUGAAGUCUCUCACAAACCCAACUCUCUCAACCUUUGCUCCAAAUUUUUCCACAUCCACCACUCCUUUCUCGCUAUAUUUUCUAUCCGUGUCUCAAUCCACCAUCUGCAACUUCCAUUUCAAUACUUUCCAAAACCCUAAAAUUUUCCAUAUAGUAAAACCCAUUGUGUCUUCUUUCAAUUCCUCAAUACCUUCAAGCCCCAACAAAGCAGCUCGUAACUUGGGAACAGAGGCAUCUCAGCCGGCUUCCGGUGAGAUUCACGUGAUCGUGGGACCCAUGUUUGCCGGCAAAACUACCACUUUAUUACGAAGAAUCAAGUCUGAAAGCAGUAAUGGCAGAUUUCAGGCCAAGGACGUCCUCUAUUUGGAUGGAACAUUGAAGGGUCUCUGUUGCUCGGGAAGACUAGCAGAAGCGGUUGGGAUAUUGUGCCGCACAGGACUGCAAGUGGGCUCACAAACCUAUUCUCUUCUUUUGCAAGAAUGUAUUUCCAGGAAAGAGUACAAGAAUGGGAGAAGAAUCCAUUCACAAAUGGUUAUGGUUAGAUUCGUUCCCAAUGAAUAUCUGAAGAUCAAGUUGUUGAUUUUGUAUGCAAAAGCAGGGGAUCUUGUCACUGCCCAUGUUAUUUUUGAUAAACUGCUUGUAAAAAGCUUGGUUUCAUGGAAUGCAAUGAUUGCAGGUUAUGUGCAGAAGGGUCUUCAAGAAGUGGGCUUCAAUCUUUACCACAAGAUGAGACAGUGUGGGCUGAUACCAGAUCAAUACACCUUUGCAUCAGUCUUUAGGGCCUUUGCCACUUUAGCAAUACUGGAACAGGGCAAGCGAGCCCAUGGUAUUUUGAUUAAGAGCCAAAUAGGUAAUAAUGUUGUAGUUAAUAGUGCCCUUAUGGAUAUGUAUUUCAAAUGUAGCAGUCCUUGUGAUGGGCAUUUAGUAUUUGAUAAGUGUUUGGAUAGGAAUGUUAUAACAUGGACUGCAUUGAUUUCUGGAUAUGGCCAGCAUGGAAGAGUAGUUGAGGUUUUGGAAUCUUUUCAUAGGAUGGUAAAUGAAGGUUUUAGACCAAAUUUUGUUACUUUUCUUGCUGUUCUUUCUGCAUGUAGCCAUGGAGGUUUGGUGAACAAGGGUUGGGAAUAUUUCUCAUCUAUGACGAGAGAUUAUAGUAUUCAGCCAAGAUGCCAACAUUAUGCAGCAAUGGUUGAUCUUUUAGGUCGCGCUGGAAGAUUAGAAGAAGCUUAUGAGUUUGUCAGAAACUCACCUUUUAAGGAACACCCAGUAAUAUGGGGUGCUCUACUUGGGGCUUGUAGGAUUCAUGGGGACAUGGACAUGUUGAAGGUUUCUGCUAAAACCUUUUUUGAGUUGGAGCCAGAGAAUUCAGGGAAGUAUGUGGUUUUAUCCAAUGCUUAUGCCACUUUUGGUUUAUGGGACAAUGUUGCAGAGAUUAGGAUUGCGAUGAAAGAUAUGGGGAUGAAAAAGGAGCCUGGUUAUAGUAUGAUUGAGGUCCAAAGGGAAGUCCACUUCUUUUUUAUGGAACAUAAUGCUCACAAACAAACUAAGCAGAUAUUUGAGUUGAUUAAAGAUAUGACUUGCAUUCUAAAGGAUGCUGGCUAUGUUCCUAAUUUAAGCAUUUAGUUGUGAGAAAAUGGCAAUCACUGCAUGGUGACUAAUGCGUGCAUGUUUCUUUCCAAUUCUUAUGAGGAAGGAUGCUACCUAGAAUUUUUUCUUGAGAAUAUGGAUGGUUUUGCGCUCAAAAUAACUUUUGAUUAGGAGAUCAUCCUGAGAGAAAAAAG